AUGUUGGUAUCGUCACGUGACCGUACGUACGGAGAGGGCAGCUGUGUGGUGUGUCGGCAGAGUGGGCGCUGUUUGUGUGACUAGUGCAGGAAACAUGGACAAGCUGCGCAGGGUUCUGAACGGCCAUGAAGAUGAAGAGCGGGGGCUGACAGCGCAGGUUUUGGAUUCCUCAUCCCUAGGUUUUGGUACUCGAGUGAAAUGGUUUGCAAUAUGCUUUGUUUCUGGAAUUGUUCUUUCGAUCCUGGGAAGUGCCUUACUUUGGAUUCCUGGUGCUGGAAUAAAACUAUUUGCAGUGUUCUACACACUGGGAAAUGUUGCGGCACUAGCCAGCACCUGUUUUCUUAUGGGUCCACUUAAGCAACUUAAGAAGAUGUUUGAGCCGACCAGAUUGAUUGCUACAAUAGUUAUGCUGCUUUGCUUGGUCUGUACCUUGUGUUCCGUAUUUUGGUGGCAAAAGAAGGGUUUAGCGCUUCUCUUUUGUAUCCUACAGUUCCUAGCGAUGACCUGGUACAGCAUCUCUUUUAUUCCAUUUGCAAGAGAUGCUGUGAUAAAAUGCUUCACCACAUGUUUGAAUUAGAAGAUGGAGAUUUCGGGUGCAGAAAUCAGGAAGUUGCGCUGGUGUCAAUUAGUUCUAUAUUUUCUAUGCAAAACAAAAUGUGUUUUUUUUUUUGUAAAUAACAAAGUGCUGAUUCUUUAAAUUUAUAUUGUUUAAAGCAACAAUGUAUUGUAUUUUAACUUCUUUUUUUUUAUGCAUAUUUAUGCAGUAACAAAAAUAAGUGCACUCAUAAGAUAUUGACCGAAAUGCCUUACUUCAGGAUUUUUUUUUUUAGCUUUGUAAAUAUUUGAAGCUAUAAAGAAAACUACUUGGUAUAUGAUGAUUUGUACUGUAUAUUGGAGUUAAUUCCUCUAUUAAAUACUUUUUGUAACUAU